AUGGAUAAACCUCCUCCUCCUUACUCUCCUCCAACUGCGCCUUAUCCAACUCAGGAUCCAUGUCCUUAUCCCUUGUACCCACAAAUUAACCAACCAACCAGUAAUGUAUUUAUGGGAUCUGGCUACCAACCUGCACCACCAGGCAAGCAUUAUUAUUUAUUAAUUUGUCUAUUUGUUGUUACGGUGUUGGAAUACCCAGACAUUAUUGUUAGUUUCGUAGAUUGGUGGAUGUUAUGA